AGGUGGCCCGUCACGUUUCCUUCCACCAGCUCCGACAAACUGCUUGACUGACUGGACAGUAACUACAUUCUUUACUUAAAACAUUCAGCAAGUUGUUGAAAGCAAAACUAGUUAUGGCUGCUCCAUUGAAAGUGUGCAUUGUCGGUUCAGGAAACUGGGGCUCUGUCAUUGCGAGAAUUAUUGGCUCAAAUGCACGGAAACUGCAACACUUUGCCACUACAGUUAAGAUGUGGGUGUAUGAAGAAAUGGUCGAUGGCAAAAAGCUGUCUGAGACCAUCAACACAGAUCACGAGAACGUCAAGUACCUCCCAGGUUACAAACUCCCAGAGAAUGUGGUUGCGGUGCCGCAGUUACGGGAUGCUGCGGAUGGUGCCGAUUUACUGGUGUUCGUGGUACCUCACCAGUUCAUCAGAAAACUGUGUGAUGAGAUGGUGGGCUGCGUCUCGGAGAAAGCUAGAGGGAUUACAUUAAUCAAAGGUAUUGAUGAAGGACCUGAAGGAUUAAAGCUCAUCUCUGACAUCAUCAGGGAAAAAAUGGGCAUCGAUAUGAGUGUCCUAAUGGGGGCGAAUAUUGCCAAUGAAGUGGCGGCUGAGAAGUUCUGUGAGAGCACCAUUGGCAGCAAGGUUUUGGAGAAUGGCCUCCUAUUUAAAGAGCUCCUGCAGACACCUAACUUCAGAAUCACUGUGGUGGAUGACGCUGACACGGUGGAGCUCUGUGGAGCACUCAAGAACAUUGUAGCGGUGGGCGCAGGCUUCUGUGACGGUCUGCAGUGUGGAGACAACACCAAAGCAGCCGUUAUUCGAUUGGGACUGAUGGAGAUGAUCGCCUUCGCCAAACUCUUCAGCAAGGACGGCUCCGUGUCAUCAGCCACGUUCCUUGAGAGCUGCGGCGUGGCCGACCUCAUCACCACCUGCUACGGAGGGCGUAACCGGCGCGUGGCCGAGGCUUUCGCUAAAACGGGGAAAAGCAUCGAGGAACUGGAGAAGGAGAUGUUAAAUGGACAAAAGCUUCAGGGUCCAUUGACUUCGGCAGAGGUCUAUCAUAUCCUAAAACAGAAGAACCUAGUGGACAAGUUCCCCCUGUUUACGGCUGUGUACCAGAUCUGUUUCGAUGGAAAGCCGGUUCAGGAUAUGAUCACCUGCCUUCAGAGCCAUCCAGAACACCUGUGAGCGUGUCCGUGGGCCAGAUCCUGUGACAUCACCAUCUCCGUCCUCUCUCAUCCUCUUGGUGGUUCUACCUCUAACACUUCUCUUUUUUUUUUUAGUUGUUACAUUUAUUUACUCUUAUACAAUGUUACAUUUUCUUACAUUACUCUCUCUGUCCCAGGACCAAUUCUAGCUAUGUACGCUAAACAUUCGGGUCAAACUCAGGGGUUUGCUUCCAACCUUUUGUUGUUAUUAUGUGACAGAAUGUACUUGACAAAUAACUCAAAAAUUAAUGCAAAGCCAUGUGUAUAUUAUUUACUCCGAGCCCAUAUAGAAUUUUAACUAUUUUUUCUGUUUGACUGCCCCCUAGUGGAUGGUCUACAAUAUCACGUAACAAACAGAUGGGAUUCAAUGUCUCCUUAAAAAUACCAUGGAGAAAAUUCCUUUUAGAUUAUAACAGUAGAAUCUGACACAUCUACAUAAACGCAUUGCACAAAUGUGAUGCAAGUGAACUAGAAAGCCCCCGUCAUAAUCAUUAAAGUGCCUGCAGCUUUGUUGACUACCUAGAGUAGCGUUUUGGGUAAGGCAUAGAAAUACUUUAAUUGAGAAUCGUUUGGUGCUUUGAGAUCCCGUAAUACCACUUAAUCUAAAAAUCUUCCUUUAAUUCUACAAACACGAGUAAUUUCCCACAAAGGCAAAGUAAAUGUUUAGAAUAACAGUAUUCUAAUUUAUUUAUCUGCUGAAACUGCCAUGUAUGUAGUUCACUUUUGGGAACACAUAAAAUGUGAAACAAGUAUGAUUUCUAAUGUGAAUAUGCCUUCAACUUCUCACUGGUCCGGAGCAUUUUUUGUAAUAUAUAGAAUACUUGAAUUCACUCUCUUUGGGAAACGAAAAUCAAAGGUUUUUUGUUGGUUGGUUAUAAUGAACUAUACUCGCUAAAGGGGAUCAAUUUCUUUAUCCUAAUUUACCAGUAACCAAUUUUUCAAGACUUAAGUGCUUUAAGAAAGACACAGGGGGAACAUGGCUGUCUGUUACACAGUAUGACAGUACUUUCGUAUCACGUCACAAUCUAAGCUUCAAGAAUGCACUGAAAUAAAGAUAACAUUUCAGUUUGAGUCUAGUUAGCCACUAAUCAUUGACCUACCAAGCAAGAAUCUUUUGGAAAAACUGUUCAACAGUACACACUACCAUGAUAAUCUUCAGGUCACCUUCAGGUUUUAAUUUGUUCCUCACAGCUAACAGUUAAAUCUUUUAUCUGUAGUUCUACUAUUAAAAGAAUGAAGGAAUGGUUUACUAAAAUCUGUAGAUUUGUUUUCAGGAGAGAGUUAUGGGAGCAGCUAGUAUUUGAAUCCAUAAUGGCCUUCUCUUACAGCGUUAUUAUUCUUUAGUGCUUAUACAUCUGUUAGGUCAUAACACAAAUGAUAAAUAAUCAUGUAUUUGUUGAAGUAGUUUUUUUCUUCAUAGUGUUCAUGUUGUACUCUGUCACUGAUGAAUAAUGAUAUUACAAGUAGGAAUAAUCUGGUCAUAGUGUACACAUAAUGUAUAACACUCCAGUGGAUUAAAACAUUUUAAGUAUUAAGUAUUUUGUUGUAUUAACCCAUCCUGUAGUCUUGUAAAUGUGAUAACAUUGGUAUGUUGUUGACAUUGUUAAAGCUGAACGUUUAUAAACAAAUGCUGCUUUUGAAAGUAAACAAUAAAGUCGGUGC